UAGUUGAAACCACCUUAAUUUCAUUCGCCCAAAAAAUCAUAUCAAGUCGAUAAGUCGAACUAGAUCAGUAUUAGACUCGACAGUUGUUGGUAGAUAUCAGUAUUAAAGUAGUCACCAAUUCCCAACUUAUAAUUAACAAUAUUUCUCGACAAGAUGUUCAAAGUUUUAAUAACUGCAAUGAUAAUUGGACAAGUAUCAUCGACUAAUAUUGAGACAAAGUACGGACGAUUCAAGCGUGGUUUUGCAGGAAUGUAUGAAACCUUUGGAGAUUCAAGACAAGCUGCCAUGGACCAAAUGGAAGACAACCAAAACAUAGCCUUGUGGUCAGCACAGUCGGCCGUGACUUCUUCCAUUGGUCAAGUUUACGGACAUCAGCAAACUGCGUUGGCUAACACUGUCCAAUCGUUUUUGAUCCCAAUGAGAAAGUAUCAGCAGCAAUCUCCUGGUCAACACAACGUGGCUUAUCCAGACUCUUCUUCGUCCCCCUCCUCGUCAUCUCUGAGUGGGAAGCAUACAGAGAAAUUCACCGUGGAAGAGUCAAAACCUGCGAGACAAAUAACUUCUCGUAUUCCAAAGGAAGUGCUGAAUGAGGAUGACGUCACAAAUGGAAAUCAGCACAGAAGAGAUACAAAUAGUCCUGCACGGAAAGAAAGCCAGAAAAAAACUUCAGUGACCACAAAAUCUGCUUCCCCAAAACAACCAAAGAAAGCAGACAUUAGUGUGGCAACAGAGACGACGGAAAAUAAUUCAGGAGAAGAAAGCGCUGAAGAUGAAGAUGCCGAUAUACAAGAAGAGUAGAAUUGUACUUAUUCAUUCUUCCAAAUGUUAUAUGGACAUAUAAUAAUUGCCCCAUGAAAUAAGCUUUAAUUUUGCACAAGCAAAAAUUGUUUUACUUGUGCUCACUUAAAUAUGUACAUAAAGUAUUCAUUCAGCGUAUGUGGAAGAUGAAAGAUUACGAAAAUAAAUGCAGGCGAUGCUAAAUAUUAAUA